AACAUGUACAACAAAAUUUUCUGCCUUUGACUUUGAGAGCAAUGGUAGACUUUUCCUUACAACAAAAUUGAAAAGUCAUUUUCUCUCAACGAAAUUUACAGAUACUCUUCACCUUUCUUUUUCUAGAAAACGCAUUAGAAUUCAAAUGGGGUUUGGAAGCGAAACCGUUGGUACUAUUUUCGAUUCCACCAUGUUCGUCCUAAUUUUGUUCAGCUUGCUUCUGUCACAGCAUCAUUGUGCUGAAGUUUAUGAAAUAACUCCGUCACAACCAUUUUCACAGACACAAACCCUUGUCUCCCCCAGCCGCAUUUUCGAAUUGGGGUUCUUCACUCCUAAUGGUUCGGUUAACAAGUACGUGGGGAUAUGGCACACGAACAUAUCUCCGAGGAAAGUUGUAUGGGUUGCCAACAGAGAAAAUCCUCUCGCAGCUUCAGAUACCUUGGCUAAUUUGACAAUUAGCAGCAAUGGGAAUCUGGAGCUUGUAGAUGGGAAGCAGAAUUCUCUUUGGUCAACGAAUAUUUCGGUGCCAUCUAAUGGUUCAGCUGCAGAGCUAUUGGACAGCGGAAAUCUUGUCGUAAAAGAUGACGAUGUCGGAGCUGAUCCAUUGUGGCAGAGUUUUGAUUAUCCUAGUGACACACUUCUACCAAAUAUGGUGCUGCUGGGAUUCGAUAGCAAAUCCGGAAAGCGAAGUUUACUGAAAGCCUGGAAAAGUGAGAGUGAUCCAUCAGCUGGCUUGUUCUUGGCUGGACUUUCACAGGACGUUCCAUCACAAGUGUUCAUUUGGAUUAAUGAAUCGAAACCCUACUGGAGAAGUGGGGCAUGGGAUAAAUCAAGUUUCAUCGGGGUACCGGAUAUGAAUAAUCAAUAUCUAAGUGGAUUCACUCUAAAUGAUGAUGUGAACCAGGGAACAAAAUCUUUUUCUUACAGGUUUUAUGACAAAACGCUUUCAUAUCUUGGCGUCUCUUCGGACGGAGUACUGAGUCUUAAGCUUUCGGACAAUGGCAGCAACUGGUGGCUUAACUGGGAGGCACCGGUGAAUCCAUGUGACAUUUAUGCAACAUGUGGAGUUUAUGGUGUCUGCAAAGGUUCUGAAUCUCCAAAUCCAAAGUGCGAGUGUUUGAAAGGGUUUGUACCAAAAUCAAAUGAGGAAUGGAGCAACGGAAACAGGACUGGAGGGUGUGUGAGGCACACCGAAUUGUUUUGUGAUCAGAGUAACACAAGCAGGUCAUUGGCUUCAGGAGGAAAACAAGAUGGGUUUCGGAAGAUGGUGGGAUUAAAGCUACCAGAUUUUCAUGAGCUUAUCGAAAAUCUGGAGGCUGACGAGUGCAAGAUACGAUGCCUAAAUAAUUGUUCUUGUCAGGCUUAUGCGCAAGUUAAUAAUAUAGGGUGUUUGGUCUGGUCCAGUGACCUUAUUGAUAUACAAGAGUUUCCCUCUGACGGGAACGAUCUUUAUAUUCGCCUAGCAAAUGGAGAAUUAGACGAAGGAAAGCCAGUAAAGCUAAUUGCCAGCCUCACUGCUGUUGGUUUUAUCAGUAUCUUGAGUGCCAUAGCGUUCGGUGUUCAGAGACUGCGCCAUAAAAAAACAGGGAACACAAAAGAAAAAACGAAGUUAAUGCAGUUGAAUCAUACAAGUGAUGAUUCAAGGGACAAUCUUCAAGAAUACAUACGAAAACAUGAUCCAUCGGAGCUAUUCAUCUAUGAUUUUGACAGCAUAGUGAAUGCCACAAGCAAUUUCAGCACCAUGAACAAACUCGGGGAAGGAGGUUUCGGCCCUGUUUACAAGGGUAAGCUACAAGAAGGAAAGGAAAUAGCAGUAAAACGGCUAUCUAGUAGCUCGGGGCAAGGCAUAGAGGAGUUCAAGAAUGAGAUGCUGUUGAUCUCCAAACUCCAACACAAAAAUCUUGUUAGGAUCAUGGGCUGCUGCGUCAAAGACGAUGAAAAGUUACUGAUUUAUGAGUUCAUGCCUAACAGAAGCUUGGAUACUCUUCUAUUCGAUCCAAAGCGCAGAGCAGAGCUUGAUUGGGCUAGACGCUUCAAUAUUAUUCAGGGAGUUGCUAGAGGGCUUCUUUAUCUCCACCACGAUUCCCGUUUGAAGGUAAUCCAUAGAGAUUUGAAGGUUAGUAACAUUCUCUUGGAUGAGAAUAUGAACCCAAAAAUUUCAGAUUUUGGAUUGGCACGAAUCAUUGAAGCGACACAGAGUCUAGCAAACACUCACAAGGUUGUGGGAACACUUGGCUAUAUGUCUCCCGAGUAUGCCAUGGGUGGGAUAUUUUCUGAAAAAUCUGAUGUCUAUAGCUUUGGUGUCUUGCUAUUGGAGAUUAUCGCCGGCAAAAAGAAUACUAGCUUCUAUUACAAUGAAGAACAGCACGGAUUUUUAGCUUAUGUUUGGCACUUAUGGAAUGAAGGCAGGGGACUGGACUUGCUGGAUGAAGUAUUGGCGGAUUCAUAUUCGUCAUCAGAAGUAACGAGAUGCAUGCAUAUCGGACUUCUUUGCGUACAGGACAAGUCUGAAGAUAGGCCAACCAUGCCGGACGUAGUUUUCACACUAAGUAGUGAGACGGAUCUUCCACUACCUAAGCAGCCUAUAUUUUCUAAUUUCCGAAACUCAGUCUAUGAUCCUCAACCCCAAUAUGACAAUAUUUUCUCUGCAAAUGAAGCUACCAUAACCGUGAUCGAAGGUCGGUUAGCCCAAAACAGUAUUUCAAUGUUUCAAUGUUUGAUCGUAUUGCUUUUCAGGGAAUUUUUAAUCAUUCAGAUGCAAAUUAGAACCGAAAGUAGUGUUAGUGCUAUGAAUUCCUCCAUGUUCUUCCUAUUCUUCUUCAGCUUGCUUCUUCUGUCACGGCACCAUUGUGCCGAAGUUUACAAGAUAAGUCCUGCACAACCAUUAUCAGAGGGACAAACUCUUGUCUCCUCCCGCCAGGUUUUCGAAUUGGGAUUCUUCAGUCCUAAUAAUAAUUCCGGUAAUAACACGUAUGUGGGGAUAUGGCACAAGAGUAUUUUUCCUCGAAAAGUUGUAUGGGUGGCCAACAGAGAAAAGCCGAUUGCAGCUUCAGACACCUUGGCUAGUUUGAGAAUAAGCAGCAAGGGGAAUCUGGAGCUUGUAGACGGAAAACAGAAUCCUCUUUGGUCAACGAAUAUUUCGGUGCAAUCUAAUGGUUCAGCUGCAGCUCUUUUAGACACCGGAAACUUUGUUGUAAAAGAUGAUGACGUCGGAGCUGAACCGUUGUGGCAGAGUUUUGAUUAUCCUAGUGACACACUUCUACCAAGUAUGCUGCUGGGGUUCGAUAGCAAAUCUGGAGAGACGAAUUUCCUGACUUCCUGGAAAAGUGAGAGUGAUCCAUCGACGGGGAUGUUCAUGGUUGGAUUGACACCACAGGUGCCAUCACAGAUUGUAGUUUGGAUUAAUGGAUCAACUCUCUACUGGAGAACCGGGCCAUGGGAUAAAUCAACGUUCAUCGGGCUACCAGGUACAAAUGAUGCAUAUACAAGUGGAUUCAGAUUAGAUGAUAAUGCAGAGGAAGGAACAAAGUAUUAUUCUUAUAAUUCUUAUAAUUACGGGGACAUGUUGGCAUACAUAGACAUCUCUUCAGACGGUACAAUUAAGAUUAAGUAUUCUCAAAGUGGAGAGAACUGGAUUCUUGACUUUGUAUCACAAAAUAAUUCAUGUGAUCAGUAUGCAGCAUGCGGACCUUUUGGGGUUUGCAAACGUUCUGAAUCUCCAACAACUCCAAUAUGCAAGUGUUUGAAAGGGUUUGUAUCAAAGUCACACGAGGAAUGGAGCAAAGGAAACAGGACAGGAGGGUGUGUGAGGCAAACCAAAUUGUUUUGUGAGACUAAUACAAGUCAGUCAGUCGCUUCGAGAAGAAAUGAAGAUGGGUUUUUGAAGAUGUCGCAGUUAAAAGUACCAGAUUUUCAUGAAUAUAUCCAGAUCCCGAUUUCAGAUGCACCAAAAUGCAGGACACAGUGCCUAAAAAAUUGUUCUUGCCUGGCUUAUGCAUAUGUUGAUAACAUAGGCUGUUUGGUCUGGUCCAAGGACCUUCUUGAUAUACAGGAAUUUGCCUAUGGCGGAGAAGAUCUUUUUAUUCGCCUGGACCACUCAGAACUUGGUGAAGGAAAGCCAAUAAAGUUAAUUGCCAGCCUCACAGCAAUUUGUUUGAUUAGUAUCUUGGGUGCCGUAGGGUUCGGUUUCCACAGGUUGCAAGCUAAUAAUAAAAAGGGAAACGCCAAAUUAACUGAUACAAUUGAGAACGGAAGAGACACUCUUCAAGAAUAUAUUGGAAAGCAUGAUCCAUCAGAGCUGUUCAUCUAUAAUUUCGAUAGCAUAGUAAUCGCAACGAACAAUUUCAGUAUCACAAACAAACUCGGGGAAGGAGGAUUUGGCCCUGUUUACAAGGGUAAGCUGCAAGAAGGGAAGGAAAUAGCAGUAAAAAGACUAUCUAGUAGCUCAGGGCAGGGCAUGGAAGAGUUCAAGAAUGAAGUGCUGUUGAUCUCCAAACUCCAACAUAAAAAUCUUGUUAGGAUCUUGGGUUGCUGCGUUAAAGAUGACGAGAAGUUACUGAUUUAUGAGUUCAUGCCAAACAGAAGCUUGGAUACUCUUCUAUUCAAUCCAACACAGAGAGCAGUGCUUGAUUGGGGUAGACGCUUCAAUAUUAUUCAGGGUGUCGCUAGAGGGCUUCUUUAUCUCCAUCGUGAUUCCUGUUUGAGAGUAAUACAUAGAGAUUUGAAAGUCAGUAACAUUCUCUUGGAUGAGAAAAUGAACCCAAAAAUUUCAGAUUUUGGAUUGUCACGAAUCAUUGAAGCAACACGGAGUCCAGCAAAUACUCACAAGGUUGUGGGAACACUUGGUUAUAUGUCUCCGGAGUAUGCCAUGGGCGGAAUGUUUUCUGAAAAAUCUGAUGUCUAUAGCUUCGGCGUCUUGCUAUUGGAGAUUCUUAGGGGUAGGAAGAGUACCAGCUUCUAUCACAACGAAGAACAGCUAGGCUUCCUAUCUUAUGCAUGGCACUUAUGGAAUGAAGGCAGGGGAUUGGAAUUUGUAGAUGAAGUGUUGGCCGAUUCUUAUUCCUCAUCAGAAGCAACGACAUGCAUGCAUAUCGGGCUUCUUUGUGUGCAGGACAAGGCUGCAGAUAGGCCUAACAUGCUGGAUGUAGUUUUCGCGCUAAGUAAUGAGAAGGAUCUUCCACCACCUAAGCAGCCUAUAUUUACAAAUUUCGAAAACCCAUCAGUCUAUGAUCCUCACCCACAUUACAACAACAUUUUCUCUGUGGAUAACGCUACCAUAACAAUGAUUGCAGGACGAUAAGCAAUCCCAUACCGUCGCAUCACAAUGCGACGAAUUUCGACCAUCUGUAUGAGUAAUUUCUCCACCGUAUAACAUCGUUGCCGACGACCCUCGCUGUGGUGGGGGUCGGAAUAGAGCUUUUCAUUUCGCUGUCUAUUUCUUAGUUUUUACGUUAAUUUUCUCCCCAGUUCUUCCUGAUUCAACCAAAAUGUUUCUACCCAAAGCCUAUCUUCCCCAAAUACUUUCAAUUCGAUUUGUAGUCAAAUUUCAACGCAAAUUUUUGCAAUCUUUUGAGAGGGUGUGUAGAGCUUUGGUGGACUCAUCGGCUCGGGUGUUUACAACACCACCUCCCUCUCUCUGUUUGCCUUCUAUGGCACUGUCGUUUGGGGUGUUCCCACAGACUUCUUCCACUUCUAGCUGAGAUUGGGGCGAUCAAGACAGCUUUCGUGGUUGGCUUCCAUGGAGUUGCUCGAUUGGAUUUGGCGUUGGCAGGAGGAUUGGUUCUGGGUUGAUCGGGAAAACUUUGAAGGCGAUAGAUGCUAGGGUCAAGAAACAUCUUUUGUUUUGUCUCUAGUGUUGGGCUCUUUUGUUGAGCUUUGUUGGGCUUGUUGGGAGGUCCAUUUGUGUGUCUGGUACUUUUUUGUAUGUGGGCCUUUCUUUGUAAUCUAGUGUGUGUUUGAAAUAAAAUUGUCUCAUUUCUUUGCAAAAGGAUUUAUCCCAAAAAGACAAAAAAAGGUAGGGGGGCGAACCGCACUCUGAAAUUUUGCCUGAGUUUACCACCGCGCCGAUUUCAGCCCAAACUUCGCUUCAUUUACAAGAUAGCCACUGGGCUUAAGAACGGGUCUUCACUCUUUGGGCUGGAUCUGGGCUUUUGACUCGGGGAGAGAGAGGGAAGGGCGACAGAAGGGUUGAGAGGGAGAGGUUCGCCGGGAUUUCGGGUGAGGAUUUUCGGGAGGGACAUGGGGGUGGGUGUCCUGUGGUUGAUGCAUCGGUCAGAAGGUUGUUGGGGGAAGGAGAGGAGGGGGACAGAGGGACUGACGGAUUGGAGAGAGAUGGGAGCUACGGCUACGUGUCGACCAUCGUAGAAAGGGUGGGGGAUGGAAAUGCACUUCGUCUUCCGUUUGCUUCCUGAAACCCUAAGCUCCGAUCUCCCCUCCCAAUUUCUUUCAUUUUCAACUUUCCCGGGAAACAAACAGAAAAUUCCAGAACCCUUCCUUUGCGAGUUCCUAUUUCCCUACAAUAUGACCUCCCCCCGCUCGCUUACUGUAAAUUCCCUAAUCCCCCUUCCCAAUUUCCUUCCUCUUCAACUUUCCGGAAAACAAACAGAAAUUUUCCAGAACCCUUUCUUUGCGACUUCCUAUUUCCCUAUAAUAUCACCCUCUUUCUCUCCCAAAAUCCCUAAUUCCCACUUCAAUUCCAUAUCUUUCCAUCAAAUUCACCGUAAAAGAUCAGUCUUUCGCGUAUGAUUUAUUUCUGGGUCCGGUUUUUGAGCCCUGGUGCUUCCGGUAUUGCGUAACAAGGCGGAGGGCAAUAGCGCAAGGGUUUGGAAUUAGUUUAUCGAUCGUUGCGGUGGUUAAAAAUGCUACCUUGGGGUGGAUUGAGUUGUUGUCUGAGUGGAGCUGCUCUUUACCUUCUUGGCAGGAGCAGUGGCAGGGAUGCAGAGAUUCUUAAAUCUGCCACUCGGAUUAAUCAGUUAAAGGAAUUGGCAAAAUUGUUGGAUUCUGAAUGUAGAUUGCCAUUGGUGGUUGCGGUUUCGGGGAGAGUUAGCUCUGAAAUCCCCAUCAACUGCAGAACAACAUAUUUUUGAAACACAGUGGUGCUGGCUCAUGGAUACAGGAUUAUGCUUUGAUGCUUUCAAUGAGUAAAGAAGUUCCCUGGUACUUGGAUGAUGGACCUGGUCGUGUGUUUGUGGUGGGAGCACGAGCUGCCACAGGAUUUGUGUUGCCGGUUGCAAGUUAGGUAUUUGAAGAGUUCGUACGUUGGACAUUAGAUUAUCUCCAAGGCCUCAAGGUUUACUUAGUUUAGUAAUUGUUAUAUAAUUCUGAAUGAUUUGUUUUUCAUUUCAUGGAAAUGACCUGUUAUUUGAUUUAACUGAGUAAUUUAAUGGAAAUAUAUUGUCUAUUUUUCCAUACUUCGUUUUCUCUGCAACCAAACAGGGCCUGUGAGUUUUAUUUUUUAAAGGAUGUACUAAGGUUUUGGCUAAAUUACCAGACCUAAUUAGGAAAAGGAAUUGCUAAAUUAGAUUUCUCAAUCUCUUUUGUAUGUUGUAGAAAGCUAUUUAAUUUAUGCAGCUCUUGUACCAGUCUUUCUUUUUCGGCUUUAUUUGAUUUAUUCUCAUUUUUACUAAACUCAUGUUUCCAUUUCCUUUUUCUGUUUAUCAUACAUAAGCUGCUACUACGCGCUUGAAUGCAUUUUAUUAGUGGCGGGAUGCGAAGAAUGCUAGAUAUAUGUGCAGGAUUGCUUGAUUAGUGUUAGGGUUUUAACAACUAAUUGUUAGCAGCUAGAAGCUCUGGUUAGAUGAAUGCUAAUCUGAUUUUCCUUACCAGUUUCAUAGUGUUUGUUCCCUGCUGUAUACCUGCUGUACAGUUUCAUUUCUGUUUCUUCAUAACUCUCUUGGUCCUGGGAUAUAUGCAGAUUGAGUACAACGAAUGUCCAGUGUUCUCUAACUGUUCGGGUAUUUGUCAUAGGUUGUGUAGUUCAAGAAAUUUAACGUUUAGCAAUUGGCGAGUUAGAUGGAGCUGUUGGGCUUUACUAUCUUUGUAGCAGCCUGCCUAACAUUUUUUAGGCUCUACACUCUACCAUCCAAUUUAAUGAAAAAUUCAAAGAUUGGACGAUAUUGAUUGCAGAAAUGAAAAAAAAUACUAUGAUAUUAGAAAGGUGAAAAUAAUUCUGUUAGAAGAAGCAGCUAGCAUGAUGGGUAAUAUUUUAAGUUUGUAUUUUUAAAAGUUUUUGUUCUACAUUUUUACUUCUGUCCUUUGUAUGUUUGCAGUUAGAUCAAUGGGUUCAAACCCUUGAACUGAAAUUUGUUUGACAGUCUUGAAAGUGUUUGGCUUUUUGGUGCUCUUUAAUGUGCACUUUCUUUUGGCAAUGGAUACAUUCUUCAACAGGAGUGUGUUAUUCCGGUUUGUUACUUUGCUAAGGAAGCGAGUUGCUCUGUGCUAAAGGAGGAUGGUGAGUUGAAAUUCUCGGCCCUAUUUAAGGUUAUCAGAUGCUAUUCAUUGUGAUUUGCAAGGUUUUCCAAAAUAACAACAUUCAAAACAAUGGGGUGGUUUCGCUUUUCACAAAUUUACAUUGGUUGUCAUCUGUAAAUGUUAUACAAUGCUGAGUUCCAAACUUUAUCUCUGGCAUUUUACUGCGUUUUAGAUAGGAUGCAGUUAUGGCCGAAUAGCUAUGUAAUUUUUUAUCUUAUUUUUUUCUUUCCAUUAUUAGGUGCACAGUACAGGGCAGACAAGCUUAGUGGGUUUCCUAAAUGACGAGAAAUUUUGGAAUUGAAAACAUGAUGGGAUUUUAGGAACUACCCAUGGGCUGUAGUUUUCCCCAUUUGUAAUUAGCAAUUUCUUUAAUCAUGUUAGUUUGAUAGUGUUUCGUUGCUCAGAAAAUUUAAGGAUUUAAAAUAUCAUGGGUUUGAGGUUUUAAGAAAUACCCAAGUUCUAUAGUUUAGUGCCUUUGUUCUUAUUAGGAUUCUUCAACUUUGAUUUGGAUCAAUUUUGGGUCUGCAAGUUGUAAUUGAGGUUAAAAUUCAAAAGUUUUAUAAAUCUUUGAUUGAUUGAUCAAGUUUACGGUAUAGAUGAUGUAAGAAUUUGUCGCCAAGGGUUUGAGAGAAGGGUGGUUUCACAGGAAUUGAAGCUCUGGCUCUCGUUUGAGAAGCAAGAAAUUACAAUUGAAAAAGCCAUGUGUAAUAAGCGGAAAUGUAUCACCAUUGUGAAAGGGCUACACCUUUUGGGAGACCCUGGUUUUUUGUUUUUUGGGGCUUUUGUUUGCAGCCUCCAAAGCUGUCUGUGCUCACGCCUUAUGAUAGCAGUGAGUUCAAAGUCGAGAGGGAAAGAAAGCACAGAUUCUGGUUCACAAUUGAACAAUCUGCAAUUAAAUUCAGAGAUUGUUGGGACUUCUAAGGUUGAUUGCGACCUGGGUGAUCAGAAAAAAAAAGGGAAAAGAAGUAACUUUCUGGAGGAGUGUCCGACAAUACCAAACAAAAAUCCAAAAUUGCUCUUCAACCAGUGGGUUAAGUGUAAAGUCAUUCAAUCGGUUAUUCAACUAGUUUUUUCAGAAACUUACUAUUCCUGCCAGAUGCUCAAAUAUUAUGUCUUCUACGUUUUUGGUUUCCCUUUUUCAGUUUUCCCCCAAGUAGUGGGCUGACCACUUGAAACUAUGAGUAUAAUACUGAUAGCAGAGUACGAUCUACAAAUGAAUGCUUUCUUAUAGCAUGCAUAUCCAUAUAUAGCAAGCAAAAUUUCACUUCA